AUGGCCUGGACUAGUACCUUACCAGCACAUCUACUGAAUCUUAUCAAGAACUCCAAAUAUGUUCACGUGGCCACCUGUUCUAAAGAUUGUAUCCCUUCAGUGGCAUUGAUGAAUUAUAUCUAUGUGCCAGGUGAAAAAUUAUUUGGCCAAACGGAUAAUAAGAACGAUUACAUUAUAUUCGUUACUCCUCAAGAUACACAAAAGUUUAACAAUAUAAAAGAAAAUCCUAAAGUGGCUCUAUUGUUCCACGAUUGGAUCAUCGCCAAUAAUUUGUCAGUAGGGAAAGAAAGCAUCUCUGGGACACCGACACCGACACCCGUUUCUCACGAUGAACAACGUCAGAGUAAGCUUCUAAAUUUGUUGCAAGAAUUGAAUCAAGCAGAAUUGAAUCAGAUGAGCGCAUCCAUCGGUGGUGAAACCGAAAUUGUCAAUCCUGAAAGUGACGAAUCCAAGUACUAUAAAGAUUUAAUACUAAAAGCAAAUCCUGAUGCGAAAGCUUUUAUAUUCGAAAAGAAUACCGCCGUUGUUAAGGUUAGAAUUGAUAAUGCUAGGGUGUCUAAUAACGAAAAUAGAACAAUGUUUCUAAGUAAGGAGAAGAAUUAA